UCCCUGAACCUCAAUUCCAUCACAAAAACCAUACUUAAGUGUCUGCAAUAGCCAAAAAGCAAGUAAAAACUCAAACAAGUGUUUUUUAAUUUUGAUCAAAGAUGGCACAAUACGGCAACCAAGACCAAAUGCGCAAGACUGAUGAAUAUGGAAACCAUGUCCAAGAAACUGGAACUCAUCAAGGUACCGGUAUGGGAGGCAUGCAGGCUGGUACUGGUGGUAUGAUGGGGGGCAUGGGUACUGGCGGUAUGGGUGGCACUCAAGGUAGCGGUACCGGUAUGGGUAUGGGUACUGGUACCCAUCACCAUGAGGGGCAACAGCAGCUUCGUCGAUCCGACAGCUCUAGCUCGUCGGAGGAUGAUGGAGAAGGUGGGAGGAGAAAGAAGGGGAUGAAGGAGAAGAUAAUGCAGAAGAUGCCAGGAGGAGGACAUGGCCAGCAGGAAGGACAAACAACAGGUGAAGGAGCUGGAGAGAAGAAAGGAAUGAUGGACAAAAUCAAGGACAAGAUCCCUGGGAUGCAUUGAGAAUACACACACCUUUGUUUUCAUUUCCAUCUUAUCUUAUCAAUAAGUACGGUCUAAAAAUUAGUGCUUGAUUUUAUUUCAUGCACUAAUUACUAGUAAUCGUCAUGUGAGUAAUUAUCUAAUUACGUACGUUGUGUGUUUAAAGUCGUGUAAGGGCAGUGUGCUCACGCUAUAUAUAUGUGUGUAUUGGCGGCCAUGCCCUGCCCCUUCUGUAUUUUUAAAGAAGAAUAUUGCUUCCAUAUGCUUGGAAAGCAAUGAUCGAUGUCCAUAUGCAUCAUGUUAAUGUGUGUUGUGAUGUCCCGUACGUGUUUAAUAAUGAUAAUAUAGUUUGAGUUUAAGUUGUGUUA